AACCCCCGUGGGAAUUUGGGGACACUUUGGGGACACCAAAGUGAGACUUUUGGCUUUAGCCCCGCCCCUUCCGCCCUCAGCCAAUCAGCGCUCUCGUGAUUAGCAGCGCAUGGAAGGCGGGACUUCCGCUACCAUGGCAACGCGCGGCUCAGGUCGCCACGGCAACGGGUGAAAGCGCCUCCGGUCUCUCUUCCCGCCUUUGCCGCUCUCAGCCAAUCAGCGCUCGCCAAUGGUGCCGUCAAAGGGCGGGAGCGGCGUUGCAACCCAGUGGUUGCCACAGUAACAGGGGCGGCCGGUCCUGAGGCGGGAAAAGCGAGAAAAGACCCACAGGUCGCUGAUGGCCGAGCCCCGCCCGGACCCUGGCAGUGAUUCCCAGUGCUCCCAGUUCCGCCAUUCCAGUAUGGAAGGGCUCAUCCCCCCCUCCCACUUUGUGCUGCGCUCCAGAUCCCUGGGGGCGGAGCUUGAAGCAGAAAAGGGGCGGAGCCAGCGAUUGGAAGCAGAGCUGGAGGCAGAAAAGGGGCGGAGCCAAGCAAUGAAGGUGGAGCUUGAGGUGGAAAAGGGGCGGAGCCAAUCAGCAGAGAAGGAGCUCAAUGCCCUGAGGGGGCGGAGCCAGCGAUUGGAGGCGGAGCUGGAGGCAGAAAAGGGGCGGAGCCAAAUGCUGGAGAUGGAGCUGGAGGCGCUGAGGGGGCGGAGCCUGGGCAAAGAGGGGGCGGAGCCAAGCCCAGAGCAGGUGCUGCUGGCCCGCUGGCGACAGAAGGUUUUCCAGCUGCUGCUGCAGGUGAGGCUGCACCGGAGCCAGGAGCUGCGGCUGCAGGGACAGGUGCGCUCUCUGGACGCUGCAGUCGCUGCCGGGUCCCGCCAGGUGUCGCUGUUGGAGCUGCAGCUGCGCCAAGGGGAGGAGGAGCUGAGGGGGGAGAGACAGGCCGUGUCCCAGCAGCGGCUCCGGGCAGAAGCGGCUGAGGAGCAACUGGGGAAACUGGGAGAGACCCUGAGCAGGUCCCUGCUGUCCCUGUCCCUGUCCCUGGCCGGUGUCACUGCGGCUCUCGGGACUCUGGGGACGCUGAGCGAGCGCCUGGCACGGAACCGGGACCGGCUGAGGGUGCUGGUGACAUCAGGACGGCUCCGAGUGACAGCGAGGGACAGAGGCGUGGUGACAUCGCAGGUGACAUCGGAUCAGCCCCGGGGGUGGCACGCAGGUGACACCGGGGGUGGUGGCUCUGUCCCCAAGCUGUCACCCCAGUGUCACCCCCAGGUGACCCAGGGCGGGGACGGGAGCUGGACACACACGGACACAGUGUCCCUGGCCCCGUUGCUGACACAGCUCCAGGCCCUCGGUGCCGCCAUCCUUGGGGACAGCGGUGACGUCAUCGGGGGGACAGCGGUGACAUCAUCAAGGGGAGAGCGGUGACGUCAUUGGGGGACAGUGGUGCCAUCAUGGAGGGAACAGCAGCGACGUCAUUGGGGGGGACAGUGGUGACGUCAUUGAGGAACCAGCAGUGACGUCAUCAGGGACACCGUGGUGCCACCAGGGGACAGUGGUGGCAUCAUCAGGGAUGGUGAUGACGUCAUCAGGGUGCGUUGGCUUCAUUGAGAGACCCAUGAUGUCACCAGGGACCGGUGAUGUCAUCAGGAAGGGAUCACGUCAUCGGGGAGUGAUGAUGUCAUCAGUGACAUCACAGGGACAACAGUGGUAUCACUGGGGUGGUGAUGACAUCACGGUGACAAGAUGAUGUCACAACAGCGCCAACGACAACAAUUACGGGGAUGACGUCACAGCAAUGGUGUCAUGGUUACAUUGAUGAUGUCACCGUGACAGUUACUGCGUCACAACAGGAGCGGCGAUGUCACCAUGGCAGUGAUGACAUCAUGGCGUGGCCAGAAAGGGGCGGGGCCAACAAUGGGGCUAAAAUGGGAGCCU